AUGGACAUCUUCAUGCGCAACAUCGCGUUCAACGUGGACCAGCGGUCGUUGAAGAUCCGCCUCGCCCUCAUUCUUCACAGUCCAGAGUACUCGAGCAGGGCGAAGAACGGACUGAUCACGGUGCCUACCGUGCAGAUCGCGCAGCGGUUUCUGGAAGACUACGGGCAGCCAUACCCCAAGAAGCACCUGCCAAUCGGCACCACCAUUAUCUUCCAGCCGAGCAACAAGCCACCCCUUCCCGAUAUUCUGCAGACAGUACGGCGUCUGCCUUACGUCGAUCCUAGAGUUGAACAGGAAAGGGAAACAAGGGCAUCGGAAGUGCAAGGGAUGGUUGUUGCAAUAGCCGUGUUGCAGUUCGGGUGGGUCUGCAGGGAUGAAGUAUUUUCUAUUGAAUGGGAAAAGCGGCCUCGACACAAAGCGGAGCUGAUAUUCGACGGAGACAGACGCGAAUUCAGGGUGAAGUGGGAUGAGUCAACCUUCACUCGCUUCAUGGCCAUCCGCACGUCGUCGAUAUUUUGGACGGGUGCUGGCCGAGACACAUCCGGUGAACAUGCAAUAUUCUUCUAUCUCAAUCAUGCCCCUUCGUACGAGACCGAAGGGCAUGAUGCCGAGCUGGUCGAGCUGUUCUCACAGCUGCUUAAUCCGCGGAGUUCCCAAGGCCCAAAACGGCGGCGUUGGUCUGCAUUUGAUGCAGAGCACGAGCCAAUCGCUCCGUACACCUCGUUGGCUAUCCGGAUAGUAUGCCCGUCAUCCUCGGGUGUGGACACCUACCGAAAGCUGGCCCGAAUCGCUCAUACGUCAGUCGAUGCAUCCACAUACCCAGUCGACAGACGUGGCGUAUGUGCCCCCGACACAUGCAGCCGGUACAGCGACUGGAUCACGAACACGCCCUGGCUUCUGGCCUUCCAGAUCGAGGCGCUGCUACGCUCCCACCUAACGGACAUGCAGGAGCUGCUCGGAGUGCUGCGCCCUUUGAUUGAAGAUACGCGUCGGCGGAACGGAGCUGCAUCUGCGGCAGCGAUUGUGCGCGACUUCCACUCGCGUGCAAAAGCGGCGUUUUGGGUGGACGAUGCAGCCAAUAGCGGCCAGUCAUCCGUCGCAGAGCUUUUUGCGCUCACGCGCAAGGAAUUCCUGUCUAAGCCUCCCGCGCUAGGAAAUCCGACAGUCGAAGAUGCCGACCUCUUCGAAUGCCUUCAUGUCACAAUCACACCCACCACCAUGUACCUCGAAGGCCCCUUCCCGGAGCGAUCGAACAGAGUCAUGCGUCGGUACAAAGCCAACCAGGAGUGCUUUAUGCGAGUCAGCUUCCUCGAUGAAACUCAGCUGUCGUAUCGUUUCGACCGCGACAUCGAUGGCCGCGACCUUAUCCACAGGAGAGUCAGACACUUCCUGGUCAACGGCUUGACCGUCGCUGGGCGUCGUUUUCAAUUUCUUGCAUACUCCCAGUCUGCUUUGAAAGAGCAUGCGGUCUGGUUCGUCAAGAAGUUUCGAGACGCACAGACAAACGACAUAAUAUCUGCCGCCGACAUCAUUGCGAGCCUUGGGUCCUUCCGCAACCUCAGUUACGACCCAACGUUGAUCCGCUGUCCCGCUCGUUACGCCGCGCGCAUUUCUCAAGCUUUCACAGCGACCGACUCGUCGCUGUCGGCAGAGGUGGAAGAGAUGUUCGUUCUGGCGGAUCUCAAGACACAGGACCUCAAGUACUGUUUUACCGAUGGAGUCGGAACCAUAUCGCCAGAGUUUGCUCGGGCUAUAUGGGGCGAGCUACGGGCGAAGGGGAGGCGGGCGGGACGGGCGAGGACCUAUCCUCGCUUAUACCAAAUCCGCCUCGGCGGCUCGAAGGGAAUGCUCAGCGUCGACUACAAGCUAAAAGGUCGUGCCAUCGGGUUGCGGCCUUCAAUGGUCAAGUUCGAUGCACCGAACACGCUUUCCAUCGAAAUCGCCCGCGCGUUCGACCGGCCUGGGAGGUACUAUCUCAAUCGACCACUCAUCAUGUUGCUGGAAGGCCUCGGUGUCCCAUUCGAAGUCUUCCAGUCUCUCCAGGAUAACGCCGUCCGGGAUGCGCAAGGAUCAACCGCGUCUCUCGAGCGCUCAGCCCGGUUGUUGGAAGCCUACGGUCUAGGCGCCUCGUAUAGGAUCACGUCCACUAUGCUCAAUCUUCAUAGGCUUGGUGUCGGCCCUCUGACUGAGGACAUCUUUUGGCAGCAAAUGAUGGACUUUGCUGUCAACCAUGUCCUCAGAGAGCUGAAGCACCAUGCCCGCAUCCCCGUACCGAACGGAUGGACACUUGUGGGCGCGGCCGACGUCUAUGGGUACCUGAAAGAAGGAGAGAUAUUCGCCUGCAUUGACGCACCUGACGUAUCUGGCGUCAUUUUCCUGGAAGGGCCGGUCCUCAUAUCCCGCUCGCCAACGAUCCAUCCUGGCGACGUUCAGGUAGUGCCCGGAUCACCCUUCGAGAAGGAGUCUCUGAGGAACGGUGUUAUCUUCUCCAUCCACGGACAUAGGCCCUUGCCAUCCUGUUUGGGCGGUGGCGAUCUCGACGGCGAUGUUUAUAACGUAACGCCGAUGCCCGGGUUGCGUCCACCGCGGCAUCACGGACCAGCAAGCUAUGACCCUGCUACUAGGAAGCUUGUUGACCACGAUAGCACAAUGGAAGACGUCGCCGACUUCGUGGCAGAGUACAUCAGCAGCGACACACUGGGGAUCAUCGCGAUUAAUUGGUUGAUCAUCGCAGAUCAGAGUACCCAGGGAAUCAUGGACCCAGCGUGUCUGACGCUCGCUCAACUGCACAGUGACGCAGUCGAUUAUCCCAAGAGCGGGAAUCCAGUUCCGCUAGAAAAGAUCCCGAAGCUGAAGUUUCGGGCCAAACCUGAUUGGAAUGCCCCAGAGACCCACACGAGGGAAUCGGUCAAUUACUACGAGAGCGACAGGGCGAUCGGUCGACUGUUCCGCUCCAUUGAGCUCCCUGCUUUGCGGACCGUCACGAGAGCAGCGCGAUUCCAGCGCCGUCAAAUGGACGACAGCCCCGAACACUCUAUGCAAGACAUCAUCACGGAGUUUCUAUAUCCCUUGGCGGAGGAAAGCGUGGGCGAAGACGUAAUCACGACGAUGUGUCAAUUGUUCGAGUCAUACACGUCGCAGCUGCGUGGGAUCUGUGUAGCGCACGCAUUGUCCUAUUCGCGAUCAGCAAUACUCACAGAGGAGGAGGCGUUGGUCGGCACCAUCGUCGCCAAAACAUCCCAGCCACGGAAGCGCAAGGACAUGAUGUCUCGAUUGCGAGAACAGACCGCGAGUCUCGUGAAGGCGGUGCGGACGGAGAUAUCUGGUAUCGAUGGUACACCCGCGGAGACUUCGCUGGAACGAGCUUGGGUGGCAUACAAGGUCGCCCUAAUCCAAGACGACUACUUCGGAGCACGCAGUUUUGCAUGGGUUGCUUUGGGCGAGAUAUUCGAUGCGAUCAAGGAUAUCGAGGACGAAGACAGGAGGUCGAUGCAGUGA